UUAGAAAAGUCGAUGCUCUAGGAGAUCCUCAUGAUGGAUAAGAAGAGGAAAAUUAACACUUUCAGAAGUCAUGCUGAAGAAUGGUUACAGCAUCCUUCUUCUGCAUCAUCAGCGUCUACUUGUGAGAUCUCUGAAACUGAUGAAAAUUAUAAUCAGGAAAAGAGACAGAGACUGAUCAAUCGAGAAGAUCAUAAUGAUUCUUCUCCACCAUCAUCAUCUACUUGUGAGAUCUCUGAAACUGAUGAGAAACCCAAUGAGGAAGAGGAUAAGAAUCUCAGUCAAGAUGAUCAUAUUACCCUCGGAACCGACACGCCUAAUCCUGAAAGAGAAAGGCCUAUUAAUGGUAGUAGUACUGGAGGUGGGAAAAAACUAGAGUAUGAUCAACAACAUGAUUUGAUCCCGGUUGGUAGACUCUUGGAGGAAGCUAUGUCGUCUAAUGGACUAUCCGAAGAGCUCAAGAAUUGUCUGGAGCCGAGAAUUGUUGGAAACUUGAAGCAACUAUUGGAAAAAGAAACAGAACCAAACAUAGAGGAGGUUGGACUCAUGAAGAUAGCUCGAAUGGCGUACCUGUUGCAACUUAUUAGUCCAUUCAAUGAUGACAUUGACAAGGCUGGUAAAGCAGUGAGGUUGUUGCAGGAAGGACUUUGUCUACUCGAUGAAGCCAAAGGCCUCUUACGUUCUGUCGUUAACAAGUUAGAUUUUAAUUAUUUGCGCUUGGAAGGGGCAGAGGAAUUAUCUUAAUUUUUCUUUUUUUUUUUUAAUUGCUUCCGAGAAAAAGGUUUAGGAAAACCUAUGGUGAUAAAUUGGAGAACCAUUGGCCUUGUUUUGGUUCUCGUAUUGCUGGCUGGAUUACGAUUCGUCUUGUGAGAUGUCAGAGUUUUUAUUUUCAGCAAUAAAAUGAGUAAAACAUCUUGUUUUUGCUCUUUGAUUC